UGACGACAAAACAAAACUGAAAACACUGAAGCCAAGCAAAAAAGACCAAAAAGCCGAAGUUGGGGAACUCGUUCCACAACUGAAACUCCAACGACCACCACUUCCAAUAGUUCAAUUCGUCAUCGUUCUCUUCUCCCCCAACACUCUCUCUUUGCCACUCCUAUUUAAACCCCUCUCUCACUCUUCACACCCCCCAACACCGCACCAUGACUCCCUACAUUUUUGGAGUCGUCGUCCCUCUCUUAGUCACUCUCAUCAUCCGCAACAACUCCAACCCCAAACGACGUCGCGGCGUCCCGGUCGAAGUCGGGGGCGAACCCGGUCUAGCAAUCCGGAACCGCCGGUUCGAGGCCCCGGUCCAGAGCGCGUGGGAGGGGGUCGCCACGCUGGCGGAGCUCUUCGAAGAAGCCUGCAAGACGCACGCGGAGAGGCUCCUGCUCGGCACGCGCGGGGUGCUGCAGAGGGAAGUGGAGACCGGCCAAGACGGCAGGUCGUUUGAGAAGCUUCACUUGGGGGACUACGACUGGCUCUCGUACGACAGAGUGUUCGAUGUCGUUUCGGGGUUUGCGUCGGGGCUGGCUUGCAUCGGCCAUGUGAGGGAAGAACGCGCCGCCAUCUUCGCCGACACGCGCCAGGAGUGGUUCAUGGCGCUCCAGGGUUGUUUCAGGCGAAAUGUGACAGUUGUGACUAUGUAUGCAUCAUUGGGAGAGGAAGCUUUAUGUUACUCAUUGAAUGAGACAGAGGUUACAACAGUGAUUUGUGGGAAAAAAGAAUUGAGAACACUUGUGAACAUUAGUGGACAACUAGACUCAGUGAAACGUGUGAUAUGCAUGGAUGAUGAUAUCCCAUCUGAUGCCUCUUCGAUUGCAUAUGACUGGACAAUCACUUCCUUUGCUGAGGUUGUGAAACUUGGCAGAGAAAAUCCUGUUGAUGCUGAUUUACCUCUUUCAGCAGAUGUUGCUGUUAUAAUGUAUACAAGUGGAAGUACAGGAUUACCUAAGGGUGUGAUGAUGACACAUGGCAAUGUCUUAGCUACACUCUCUGCUGUGAUGACCAUUGUUCCUGACAUUGGGACAAAGGAUAUAUAUCUUGCAUACUUACCGAUGGCUCAUAUCUUAGAAUUAGCAGCUGAGAAUUUGAUGGCAGCUGUUGGGGUUCCUAUAGGAUAUGGAUCUCCUCUGACCUUUACUGAUACUUCAAACAAGAUUAAAAAAGGAACAAAGGGGGAUGCUACUGCACUGAGGCCAACUUUAAUGGCAGCUGUGCCAGCAAUUCUUGACCGUGUUCGUGAUGGAGUGUUCAAGAAGGUAAAUGCAACAGGAGGAUUGCCAAAGAAGUUGUUUCAUUUAGCCUACGCGCGGAGGUUGCAAGCAGUUAAUGGUAGUUGGUUUGGAGCUUGGGGCUUGGAAAAGGCUCUUUGGGAUUUUCUUGUGUUCAGAAAGGUCCGAGCAAUUCUGGGUGGUCGUAUCCGUUUUAUCUUGUCCGGUGGUGCUCCCCUUUCUGGUGAUACCCAGAAGUUCAUCAAUAUUUGUCUUGGUGCUCCAAUCGGUCAAGGAUAUGGUCUUACAGAGACUUGUGCUGGUGGGACAUUCUCUGAUGUUGAUGAUACAUCUGUCGGCCGUGUUGGACCACCUCUUCCAUGCUCAUUUAUUAAGCUAAUAGACUGGCCUGAAGGUGGAUAUUUAAUCAAUGACUCACCAAUGGCCCGUGGUGAAAUUGUAAUUGGAGGUCCAAAUGUCACUCUCGGGUAUUUCAAAAACGAAGAAAAAACAAAAGAAUCAUACAAGGUUGAUGAAAGAGGAAUGAGGUGGUUUUACACUGGUGACAUUGGGAGAGUUCAUCCAGAUGGAUGCCUUGAAAUCAUUGAUCGUAAAAAGGACAUUGUUAAACUACAGCACGGAGAAUAUGUCUCCUUGGGAAAGGUUGAGGCAGCUCUUAUUGUUAGCCCCUUCGUGGACAAUAUUAUGGUUCAUGCUGAUCCUUUCCAUAGUUACUCUGUGGCACUUGUGGUGGGUUCUCAGUCCACAUUGGAAGAAUGGGCUUCAGAAAAAGGAAUUUCUUCUUCCAAUUUUUCAGAACUUUGCACGAAAGAAGAAACUCUGAAGGAAGUGCAUGCAUCACUUGUAAAGGAAGGACAGAAGGCUCGUUUGGAGAAAUUUGAGAUUCCUGCAAAAAUUAAAUUGCUUUCUGAUCCAUGGACUCCUGAAUCUGGCCUAGUCACUGCUGCUCUCAAACUCAAGAGAGAGGCCAUAAAAAAGACUUUUGAUGAAGAACUUUCUGAGUUGUAUGCUUCAUAGGCUUAGGACACUAGUUAAUCUUUUUACACCUUUUUCCCAUUUGCAUAUAGCAGGGGUUGAGGUGAGGAGAGGUUUUUGAAUUUUUUCGUUGCUAAUCAUUUUUUUUUUUCAUUUGAAGUUUAUCAUGCACAGUGAGGCUUGUUACGUGCAGAAGGCCAACAUGUUGAAUUUACUUUAGUGACAAUGUAAAAUGAACUUUAUUAGACAUUAUUGUUAUAGAGUUUCUUCCAGAGUAAUGAGAAUUCAAAGGUAUGCAUAUUUGCCC